CCCGCCUCCCGUAUCCCGAACCGCUUCUCCCUGAGCUGAGGCGGCGUUUUCCGAUCCUGCUGCGGUCUAGGUGGCGUUUCGGUCGGGCCACGAGCGACUGUAUAGCCCCGCCGCCCGCGGGCAAUGGUGCGGCGGAGCGCGGGGACGCGGGCGGCCCUGCGGUGGGUAUGAAGGAGGAUGGAAGGGCAGGACGAGGUGUCGGCGCGGGAGCAGCACUUCCACAGCCAAGUGCGAGAGUCCACGAUAUGUUUUCUUCUUUUUGCCAUUCUCUACAUCGUUUCCUACUUCAUCAUCAUAAGAUACAAGAGAAAAUCGGAUGAACAAGAAGAUGAGGAUGCUGUAGUCAACAGGAUAUCGUUGUUUCUGAGCACCUUCACUCUAGCGGUUUCAGCUGGUGCUGUCUUGCUUUUACCCUUCUCAAUCAUCAGCAAUGAGAUCCUGCUUGCUUUUCCUCAGAACUACUAUAUUCAGUGGCUGAAUGGCUCCUUGAUCCAUGGUUUGUGGAAUCUUGCUUCUUUAUUUUCCAAUCUUUGUUUAUUUGUGUUGAUGCCCUUUGCCUUUUUCUUUCUGGAAUCAGAAGGUUUUGCAGGCCUGAAAAAGGGAAUCCGAGCCCGCGUUUUGGAAACUCUGGUCAUGCUGCUGCUUCUUGCGUUGCUGAUUCUUGGGAUCGUGUGGGUGGCUUCUGCCCUGAUUGACAGUGAUGCUGCCAAUCUCUGGGAAUUCUACUUGCCCUAUUUGUAUUCUUGCAUUUCACUGAUGGGAUGCUUGCUGCUCCUCUUGUGUACUCCAGUCGGCCUGUCCCGUAUGUUCACAGUCAUGGGUCAGUUGCUGGUGAAACCAGCGAUUCUUGAAGACCUGGAUGAACAAAUUUAUAUGAUUACUCUAGAAGAAGAAGCACUCCAGAGGAGACUCCAUGGGCUGUCUUCAUCGGUGGAGUACAACGUAAUGGAAUUGGAACAAGAACUUGAGAAUGUAAAGACCCUUAAGACAAAAUUAGAGAGGCGGAAAAAGGCUUCAGCUUGGGAGAGAAAUUUGGUGUAUCCUGCUGUUAUGGUUCUCCUUCUUAUUGAAACAUCCAUUUCAGUCCUCCUGGUGGCGUGCAAUAUUCUCUGCCUGCUGGUUGAUGAGACUGCAAUGCCAAAGGGAACAAGGGGCCCUGGCAUAGGAAGCGCCUCUCUUUCCACUUUUGGCUUUGUGGGAGCUGCACUUGAAAUCAUUUUGAUUUUCUAUCUCAUGGUGUCUUCUGUUGUUGGUUUCUAUAGCCUCAGAUUUUUUGGAAACUUUACACCCAAGAAGGAUGACACAACUAUGACAAAGAUCAUUGGGAAUUGUGUGUCGAUCUUAGUCUUGAGCUCUGCUUUGCCUGUGAUGUCCAGAACACUGGGAAUCACUAGAUUCGAUCUACUUGGAGACUUUGGAAGAUUUAAUUGGCUGGGAAAUUUCUAUAUUGUAUUAUCCUACAAUUUACUCUUUGCCAUCGUGACAACAUUGUGUUUGAUCAGAAAAUUCACAUCAGCUGUACGAGAAGAACUUUUCAAGGCCCUAGGACUUCACAAGCUUCAAUUGUCAGAUACCUCAAGGGAUUCAGAAGCUACAAAGCCUUCUGCAAACGGGCAUCAGAAAGCACUGUGAGACCUGACUGCCUCAGCAGCACUCUACAGCAAGUCCUGACAACUGAUUCAUGACAUUCCCAUAGACACUGUUAUUUCUGGUGGGUCUGGACCCAGCUGACAGUGCCCUUUCUCAUAAGCACUUACAACUUAGCACUCGUCAGCUGUGUCCCCUGUGAGUUUUCUGAUUGACCUGAUAGCUUUUGGUUAAGCCCCGAGUCUUAGAGACUGAGGAAAAGCUGUAUGUCUAUAGCAUGAGCCUUCUGGAGGAGAGGUGAAGACUUAACUUUCUUAUGCUUUGCUUUACACCAUGAGAAGUUUGAUUCUGCAGGCAGAAGGCUGCCUGAAAGUCGUCUGAUACCCCAAAGCAUUUUCAGAAGGUCCUGGAAACUGUUGUACAAGUAACAAACUACAUUUUUAUUGAAAAAACCAAAAGCAGAUUUUCUGAUUCAUACUACAGAAUCUUCAUUAGACUCUGAGCCAGUGGAAAAUAAGAGAUUCUUUUCACACCUGAGCCUUGGUGGGCAGCCCCAGGACUAUAUUUUUGUGGUAAGCUGCAGUAUGAAGCACAUGUGAUUGUAGCUUUGGACAGUUUGUAUGUACCUGAUACUACUUUUAAUAGCACAGUGCCAGCGUUGUACACACCUCAGACUUUGCCUUAUAGGCUGUAUGUACAUUCAUUUUUUUUAAAACCUUUUUUUCAAAAACUACUCCACUCUGUGCUUGUUGUGUGCGUGUAACCCAAAGACAGAAAUUGCUUCUUCUUCAUUUCCCUCAGGCUUCGGUGACUCUCACAUUCACCACCUCAGUAAGGUUACCAGUGUGAUACCCAGAACUUAAAGGUUCUCCACAGAAGGGCAGGUGCAGUAUAAUAUGAGCUCAUAACUAUUUAGUUGUUUAGUUUAAUUGUUGGGAUGGUUUCUCAACUCCUGAGUCUACUGAUUUAAAAAAAAA